AUGCAUCUUCUCCAUUUUCUCUUGUUUAUGUUGAACUUGGCCAGGGCUACUCCUGUAGCUCAUAAGGACUCUUCGCCCAACAGCUUUCUUAACUCCGAAGACGACUCUGUCCGUGUUGCUGAUAACCCUGAUUUCUUCGACUUAGGUAAUGGGAACACAGAGACUCUAAAGAGACACAAUAAGCGCACGGGCCCACCUUACCUCCUUGAGUACACGAAAUGGAAGAUCACUUUGGAACGACAAAAGGGGGACGAUCGGGACUUCAAGAGGCCGGGCUGGCUUAUCGGGUUUCGGGAGCCUUCUGCUCACUGGGGAGUCCCAGAGGGCCACGGCAGACCUUGGGAAUUCGUUAUUGCGCCAGGAGAAUAUGGACCAGAGACAGUACGGAACGUUGUGAACGGAGACAUGUUUUACACUACCAACUCGUACUUUGAUCUUUUUAUCAACGGAAAGAAACCUCAGCCGACUCGCCGCACAUACACCGAAUAUACCGAUUUUAGUUCUUGGGAGAGGCAAGGAUACAAGUUUGAAAUCAUCAGAACCGAGAACGAUGAAUUGGCUCUUGAAAACAGAGCCGCCUGGAUCAGUCUCCCAGGUAAAAAGAACUUUCAGCCGACUAGCGGGUAUAUCGCAAUUGCCUUCCGGUAUCAGUUCAGCGGCGAGGUUAAUCUCAGUAACGGGUUAACAACUUACGAGGCAAAUAUCACUGGAAAUUUUGUCCAGACAGGAGAGAUGUUGGUUUAG